UACCUGUGAUGGCGCCUUAAGAACUGCAUUCUAUCAGCUGUUUUCGCCAAGCAUCCGUAAUUUACGUUUUCUGUGUAACUUCGUAAAUUUGCCAGCGUCGGCAUGUCUGAUAAUGAAUAUGAGCGCUUUGAGAUUACCGAUUAUGACUUGGACAACGAAUUCAAUCCGGGACGCCGUAGAAACCUUUCAAAGAAUCAGCAAAUUUAUGGUAUUUGGGCCGACGAUAGUGAUAAUGAUAGCGCUGAUGAGUCCAGCAGCCGGCGUGGACGCCGUGGUCGCACCGGACUUGGUGGUAGUGGCGGCAGCAAAUCAAAAGACUACACAGCCCCGGUUAGUUUUGUAGCCGGUGGCAUACAGCAAGCCGGUAAGAAAGAUAAAAAAGCACAGAAAGAUGAUGCGGAACGACAAAUUACCGAUGAAGAAAGUGACGAGGAAGAUUCUCGUCCAUCUUUUGGUCGUAAACAAGUGGAAGAUGCCGAUGGUGGCAGUAGUGACUCGGCAGCCAGUUCUGAGGAUGAACGAACGCAGCAUAAGCGUGCUGAAAUGGGCAAACAACAGCGUGCUAAUAAUGCCCGACAAACUGGUAAUUCAAAUGUAGGCGCCUGGGAGCAACACACACGCGGUAUUGGCGCUAAGCUACUACUCCAGAUGGGUUAUAAACCCGGCAUGGGGUUGGGUAAGGAUUUGCAGGGUAUAUCGCAACCAGUGCAGGCGCAUGUACGCAAAGGACGUGGUGCUAUUGGUGCCUAUGGUCCUGAGACUGCAGCCAGCGUUGGCGGGAAAGGGCCGGUGGUAAAAGAAGAUGAGGAUGUACGCGAAGCUAAAGAAUUCAAAGAAAAACUAAACAAAUGGAAGAAGAGUGGCGAUGGACGUCAAGAUAAGGGCAAGCGUUACUACUAUCGUUCGGUUGAAGAGGUGAUCGAAAAGGGUAAAAAAGGAAACUUCAUGCUUUCAGAAAAGAUAAGCAAAAAAAUUGGAAACGUGCCCGUCAUCGACAUGACCGGACCAGAAAAGCGUGUACUUAGCGGCUACCAUGCACUGGGUCAAACGAAGGUAGCCGACGAAGAGCUUUAUGAGUUGGAGCAGGCUGUUGCGUCUAGCAGUUUAACCUCGAAGAAAGGCAGUACCUUUGCCCUGCCUGAACUGAUGCACAAUCUGCAGCUAAUCGUGAACCUCUGCGAACAGGAUAUUAUUGCACUCGAUAAAACAGAACGUGAAGCAACAGAUCGCCAAGCUGCGCUCGAACAUGAGCGAAAAAAUCUAAAUGAAAUUGUACAGCUGGAAAAAAAUCAUAUCGACACGUUGGAGCAAGCUUUAAAGCUAGUAGAGGAGCUGACCACGAGUAAUGAAUUGUUGACACUUCAACGUGCCGAACAAAUUUUUGUGAAACUACAGCAAGAUUAUGCUGCUGAGUAUAAGGAGUUUGCACUGGGCGAUCUAGCUGCUGGUGUCAUAGCACCGUUGGUUAAAAUAUCUUUAGAGAAUUGGAAACCACUUCAACAGCCCACCAAAUAUGUUGACCUAAUAAAGAAGUGGCGCGGAAUAUUGGAAUCAAAUGUGGAUCCGCAAAACGAAUCGCGUAACAUAUUUGAUCCUUACUCCUCGCUGGUAUGGGCCGGAGUUAUACCGAGCUUUCGUGCAUGUGCUGCUUCUUGGAAUCCCAAACAACACCAACAUAUGGCUGCUUUGCUCGAUUGCUGGGCGCCACUAUUUCCAACGUGGAUACUAGACUCUGUGCUCGAACAGCUGGUGUUGCCUCAGUUAAGCAAUGCUGUACGCGAUUGGGAUCCUCUCACAGAUACUGUGCCCAUACACAUUUGGAUAUUGCCAUGGAACAAUAUAUUAGGCCACAAAAUGGAGGAAUUCAUCUUUCCGACGAUACGUGAAAAAUUAGCAGCUGCCCUACAGGCAUGGAUGCCACAAGAUCGUUCUGCACGGGCAAUGCUCACACCAUGGAAGGGUGCUUUCAAUGAUACCGAAAUGCAGCGUUUUCUCUCGCAACACAUCAUACCAAAACUGCAAUUGGUACUAAGCGAGUUCAUUAUCAAUCCACUACAACAACAACUCGAGCUGUGGAAUCAAGUAUGGGAGUGGUAUGAACUGCUAACCACACAGCAAAUGGCACAGCUGCUUGAUAAAUACUUCUUCCCCAAAUGGAUGCAAGUGUUGGUACUAUGGUUAAAUCAAUCGCCUGACUUUGCGGAGAUAUCACGUUGGUACACCGGUUGGAAGAGCAUGUUAACUGAGGAUAUAUUGCGCGAGCCAACCAUCAAAGAGCACAUGCGACGUGCGCUCGAAAUAAUGCAUCGUGCUACAGAUGUACUUGCACCGGGACUUGCAACAAUGCCUGCACCCAUAAUCACUGCAACACCACCACCACCGCCACCACCAACAAUUUUGGAUAUACAAAUGACGGCACCUGCACAAUUGGAGUUCAAAGAGUUGGUAUCGCAAAAGUGUGCCGAGCGAGGAAUACUCUUUGCGCCAAUGCCAGGCCGAAGGGAGUUGGGAAAGCAGGUUUACCGCGUUGGGAAGCUGUACUGUUAUAUUGAUCGUAACGUGUGUAUGUUAAGCGAUAACAGCAUGAAAAACUGGAUGCCUACAUCUGUACAACAGCUAUUGGAUCGCGCUAUAACUGGCGUUAUGUAAUAAAAUCAUCAAACGCAUUUAAAUAUUGUAGAUUGUAGUUACUAGAUUUUAUUGUAUGUAUUUUAUUCGAUAAAUUUAUUGCACUCUUAAAUAUUCAUAACUAA